AUGGGAGAGAAGGCGAGGAAGGAAGGAGAAGUACUGCCUUUCGCGCACAUGCCAUCUGCUGCUCCCUAUUCGAACGACCGCGGUUCAAGUUGUCCCUGCAUUCAACCUGGAGGUCUCCGCAGUUGGGAGGUGUAUGCGAGUGAGAAGGAAGGAAAUGGACGUGGCUGGGACAGUAAUGAGGUGAUAACCGACAUUAACUUCCAGAAGACGAUGAUGGAAUGGCCACUGCAGUUCGAAAUCAGUAAUGGUCAUUCUGCUCUAUGCGGAAGAGAUGACGUCAAUAAUGGUGACUGA